UAAUUGGCAAUCAAUGAAUGAAAGUGAUAACUCAGUCAUAAAUUGAUUACUUUUCACAAUCUGAUUAAUAUUUCUCAUCUUAGAUGAUCGUGAAGGCAAGUUCAAGCAUGUAUCUUCGACUAUUUUUUACAUUGUGUACACUAUAUGCUGCUUGUCUGGCAAGCGAUCAAUUGGAUGCUCUGACAAAAUCAUUAUUUGAAAAUUUGGAGAAGUCCGACGAAACUAGUGACGAAAGAAUCAGUAAAGAACUUAAUACUUUGUACAAAUUCGUGGCGAAAGAAGACUUAGAAUCAUUUAAGCGGGAUACGAUUAAAGAAAUGAGCAAAGAAGAAAAUGACCGUUUAAAAUAUUACGAAGAUGUUUUGAAAAAAUUGAAAGAUUGUAAUGAGAAUGUCCGAAUAUUAGACGAAGAGUCCAGCGAUAGAAAGAGUCCGUGUUACGAAGGUCCCGCGGCGACAUGCGGAACUAUUAAGAAUAGUACGACCACGUUGUUGUUGUAAGUAUUGCAGCGCUACGGCUGCGGGACUUCUUUGUGGCGUGGACUCUAAUUCGAUUGAUCUUGAAAGUUUGUAAUAAAAUUGCAUUUAAUAU